CUCCUUCCCUCCCUCCCGCCGGCCGGGGUGCGCGGGCGGCGGGGCGGCCCUCGGGCCAUGCGUUCGGCUCGGCCCAACCCGGCCGGCCGGGGGCGGCGCCCUGAGCCUGGGCCCCGCGCGGCCCGUGCCCCCGGCUCCCGCUGAGCUCCGGGGGCCCCACUGUGGCCGAGGCCAUGUUCCCCGUGUUCCCUUGCACGCUGCUGGCCCCCCCCUUCCCCGUGCUGGGCCUGGACUCCCGGGGGGUGGGCGGCCUCAUGAACUCCUUCCCGCCACCUCAGGGUCACGCCCAGAACCCCCUGCAGGUCGGGGCUGAGCUCCAGUCCCGCUUCUUUGCCUCCCAGGGCUGCGCCCAGAGUCCAUUCCAGGCCGCGCCAGCGCCCCCACCCACGCCCCAGGCCCCGGCGGCCGAGCCCCUCCAAGUGGACUUGCUCCCGGUUCUCGCUGCCGCGCAGGAAUCAGCCGCGGCGGCUGCAGCUGCUGCGGCGGCUGCCGCUGCAGUGGUUACUGCACCCCCGGCCCCUGCUGCCGCCUCCACAGUGGACACAGCGGCCCUGAAGCAGCCUCCGGCGCCUCCUCCGCCACCCCCUGCCGUAUCCGCACCCGCCGCCGAGGCCGCGCCCCCCGCCGCGGCCGCCACUAUCGCCGCAGCGGCUGCCACCGCUGUCGUUGCCCCAACCUCGACGGUCGCUGUGGCCCCGGUUGCAUCUGUCUUGGAGAAGAAGACAAAGAGCAAGGGGCCCUACAUUUGCGCCUUGUGCGCCAAGGAGUUCAAGAACGGCUACAACCUCCGAAGGCACGAAGCCAUCCACACAGGAGCCAAGGCUGGCCGGGUCCCUUCGGGUGCUAUGAAGAUGCCCACCAUGGUGCCCCUGAGCCUCUUGAGCGUCCCCCAGCUGAGCGGGGCCAGCGGGGGUGGGGGAGAAGCCGGGGCUGGCGGUGGCACGGCCGCAGUGGCGGCCGGUGGCGUUGUGACCACAACUGCCUCUGGAAAGCGCAUCCGGAAGAAUCACGCCUGCGAGAUGUGCGGCAAGGCCUUCCGCGACGUCUACCACCUGAACCGACAUAAGCUGUCGCAUUCGGACGAGAAGCCCUACCAGUGCCCUGUGUGCCAGCAGCGCUUCAAGCGCAAGGACCGCAUGAGUUACCACGUGCGCUCACAUGACGGCGCUGUGCACAAGCCCUACAACUGCUCCCACUGUGGCAAGAGCUUCUCCCGGCCGGAUCACCUCAACAGUCACGUCAGACAAGUGCAUUCAACAGAGCGGCCCUUCAAAUGUGAGAAAUGUGAGGCAGCUUUUGCUACGAAGGAUCGACUCCGAGCGCACACAGUACGACACGAGGAGAAGGUGCCAUGUCAUGUGUGUGGCAAGAUGUUGAGCUCGGCUUAUAUUUCGGACCACAUGAAGGUGCACAGCCAGGGCCCUCACCAUGUCUGUGAGCUCUGCAACAAAGGUACUGGUGAGGUUUGUCCAAUGGCAGCGGCGGCAGCAGCGGCAGCAGCAGCAGUGGUGGCAGCCCCUCCCACAGCUGUGGUCUCCCUCUCUGGGGCAGAGGGGGUACCAGUGAGCUCUCAGCCACUUCCCUCCCAGCCUUGGUGAGCUCCAAGUUGAUGGGGGAGAGGGGAGAGUGGAGAAAAGCUCUUCUUGGUACAGUCUCCUCUUCCCACCAACUCCUCACGACUCUUCGUCAACCAAGGAGCCUCCAGACAGAGAGGAGGAAGAAGGAAUUCACUAGGUUUUAACAAUGUUUCUCCUGCUCCUUUCUUCUCCCUAUCAGAGCUGACCCUACAAACACCUGUCCCCUGAGUUGUGUUGAAGUCCCCUGGACAGUGAGCAGGGGUGGCAGAGGACAGCAGCAGCCACUGCCCUCAACUUUUAACCCCUUGCCUUUCCUCCCAGGGAUUUGUGAGCCUUUCCCUAGAAGGUCCUGUGCUCUCCUCCUUCUGUCCCUCCCCUACUGUCUGCUGCCCCUUCCUGGGGAGUUGGUGCUUUCUUUUUUUGUUGUUGUUUUUUCCCAGGGGUAGGGAGGAGAGAGAGGAGGGGAAUUAAGAUUCUGUCCCAGAGGAGAGUUAGGUGAUACUGAGCGGCAGAAGCAGGGAAGGCAGAGGGAUACUUUGAGUAAGGUUUGGGUGCUCACACCCCGAGCAUCCUCCUGGAGUGUCUGUCCAGGGAAAACCAAGGGGAGCAUCAGAAGGAGCCACGAGGGCCAGAGGCAGAACAAGAGGGAUGGAAUCUUAGGGGGCCAGGGUCAAAGAGGGGAGCCAGGGACAAGAGGUGCUUCCUGGGGGUGGGGGAAUGCAGCCACAGUGUCUCCCCCUUCCCUCUUCCACCCCAGCUCCAGCCCUGGUCUUUUCUUCCUCUUUCCCACAACAGAAGCUAUGGCCCUGGCCAUGUCAUCGUGUUCCUGUGUCCCUUGCAUGUUCCCCACCCUCCCUUCCCUUCUUUUGCGCAGACCCCAUUACAAUAAAUUUUAAAUAAAAACUUG